AUGAUAUCUCCCUCGAAGAUUUGUGCACUCCUUCUAGUCUCAAGUGCAACUGCCCAUUACCCACCGGUUUCUGGCCACGACUUUGACUUUGACGUGGUCUACCCUUCGGGCUUGUCAUUCUCAACUUCCAACCCACCCACAGAACCUCUGCCACUCAACGAGAUUCAAAACAAUGCCACCCUUCCUCAGAUAACCCUGCGAAAUGUUGAGAGUGCGAGCAGCAACGAGCUGACCCGUUACAUCUCAUUCGCAGUGGUCACCUACGUCAGGCCUCGCCUAGAUAACUCUUCCGUGAAUCUCAGAACCCCCUACUUUGCCUGGGUACGUGCAAACCAGACCGUAUCCGAGAAUGGCCUGUUGGGCGGCGGCGGGAGCGACGCGAACAAUGGGCAGUCGGACCAACGGGAUAUGGGGGAUUUCAAGAACGCGUCGCUACACGUGUGGCAGCAGACGGACAAUGUGACGGAUUACCUGUUCAAGAACAACGUUGCGGGGACCUUAUGGUGGGAGCUCGGCGACAUCUGGGCCAAUGCCACCAGGAUUGACGGCAAACCACCGUCCCUUGUCGGAUAUGACUUUCUGCGGGCAACCGUCGAUUUCAACUUGCGCAACGACACAACCAACACGACGACAGGAGACGAUGAAAGCAGUACAGCUACUCGGUCAAUCUCAUCAGGGGCAGUCAUGGCAUUUUGCAUCAUUGCAAUACUCUUUGGUAUAUAG